AUGGCGACCCAGGCCUCAUCCGUCACGACGGAGACAGCCUCUAGUCAAGGCUGCCUGCUGUUCUCCCCUACAGCAGACCAGGCAAGGCUUUCAGCCGCCUUGGAAGACAUUCCUCGAUACCUUUUCAGAGUUCAUGCGCCAAAGACUGCCGGGCAAACCACAAACAAGGAGGUUAUCUCAAGGGCAGCAAUGCUCGGUAAACCAGGCGCGACCACCGACAUCCUCUCGAUGCCAGCUCGCAGUGCCGCCGAGAUGCUUAACUCUCACCUUCGCGGAUGGUCGAGGGACGGCGAUAAUCUCAUGUCUUGGUCUAGUUCACUGCUGUUUGCCCUCCAGUAUGCCUUAUACCGCAACAUCAAGGAAAGAGACCGCGACGAGCUAGCCGACAUCCGCGUUCACGUCCUGGAUACCUCGGGCCUUCCACCGGGUGCACUCCUACCGGACGCCCCGCUUCUAGAUGCUUUCGCGGAUAAAGACUCGUGGAAAACGUACAACCUUGCGAAGAUACGCUCUUUACGUCGCGAUACCUCUUACAACUUUGGAGAGUACUUGAGCCAGGGGACCUUAUCCAUAGAGGGGCGCUCGACUUCCACUAGUCUGCAGGAGAUCAUCAACCACGGGCUGUUCAAGCUAUGUCCCGAGAUGGGGGAACCCAAUGAGAAGCCAGAGCUGGCUAAGAGGGUCUGUCGACUGCGAGCCGACUGCUUUGCUACAUCGGUCGCCACUUCCAAGCUUGAGAUCCGCAUCGCGCUGAGCCUUGCCGAAGGCUGUUUCGGAGACGAAUGGGCAUUACCGAUGAUGGCGGCGCUCCUAUCCUUGCGCAGGCGACGUCGGAAUGACAGCGUGAUUGUUGACGCGUUCAGUGCCAACUUCUCAGAGAAGGAGUUGCGCAAGCACGACCUAGGCGCCCUCAAGUCUUUCUCAAACGAGAAGCUCCCGGAGGUCUACCAGUUCGAGAAGAUCAUUCAGGAUAUCCACAGUUAUCAUUGCACGAGAGCUUUGGACUCAGUCAUUGCCACAACAAUGAGGCUCUCCCUUUCCUCUCAGUCACCGCUCAAACCCAAGGAACAUGUGACUUACAUAGAUGUCGGCGAUGAGGUUUGGGAAGUCUGA